AUGGCCCCAGUCGCAACUUCCGCUCUUGUCAGCCAGGGACAGAAGGUCCUGCUCGUCGGCACAGCCUCGGCCUCGGCCUCGGAGUUGACCGAGGCAAGGAACUCCAUCCUCUCCUCAGUCGGAAAUCAGGGAUCCGUCAACUUUGAGCAGCUCGACAGACUUGCUUCCAUUUCCCUGCCUGCAUCAAACUACAAUACUAUUGUCACCGGAGCGGUUGCCCCCUCUGCCUAUCAGCACUCGGACGCUGUUCUGGCUGCAAUGGCAGGCACGCUUUUGCCGGGUGGAGGAUUGUCAUUGUCUGAGCCCGUUCUGUCAGGCACUGCUUCGUUGGCAGGACUCAGCCAGGCCCUUCAGAGAUCUGCAGCAGAUCUGAUUUCGGCCCUCAAGAUCUCGGGAUUUGUUGAGACAACAAUUGUAAAUCAGAGGAAGGCUUCGGUACAGGAAAUCGAGGGGCUGCUUCGGGUGUGGAACAUCCAGGCAGAUGCUGCUGCGCUCGAGGGUCAGAUCGAGUUUGUCGAGAUCUCCGCAAAGAAGCCAGCAUAUGAACUCGGUGCUGCCGCAGCGUUGCCUUGGGCUCGCAAGCGUGCCACAAACACCACGCCCGCUACCACAGCUGCCCCUAUGGCCAAGCCCGCUGCUGGUGCUAACAGGGUCAACAAGACGGCCGUCUGGACCAUUUCCGCAAACGACGAUGACGAUGAUGUAGAGCUCGAGGAUGAGGACGACUUGUUGGAUGAGUCAGAUUUGACCAAGCCGACGAAGGAGCAGUUGGCAGCACCUGAAUGUGGACCGGACAGUCUGAAGAAGAAGAAAUGCAAGAACUGCACAUGCGGAAUGGAAUCUGAGGGCGAGCCUGAAGAUGAGCAGCAACAGGAUGUGGACAUGGCGGAUUCCUCAGUAGGACCUGUGCCCCAGGAGGCGAUUGUGGCCUCGAAUAGUAACCGGUGGAAGGAGUCUGCGAUCACGGAGGUUGUGCCGAAGGCGUUGCAGCCAAAGUCGUCAUGUGGAAACUGCUAUUUGGGAGAUGCGUUCCGAUGUGGAUCAUGUCCCUAUAUUGGCAUGCCAGCGUUUGAGCCAGGUCAAAAGGUGCAGCUUGGAGGAAGCAUGUUGAAAGACGACAUUGACUUUUGA